GGCGGCUGAGCCCCCCAGCCUGCACCCUGCGCAAGCACAAGACGAACAGGAAGCCCCGGACGCCCUUCACCACGGCGCAGCUGCUGGCCCUCGAGAGGAAGUUUCGGCAGAAGCAGUACCUGUCCAUCGCCGAGCGUGCCGAGUUCUCCAGCUCGCUCAGCCUCACCGAGACCCAGGUGAAGAUCUG